AGCUACUCUGAGGGAGAGCGGAUCAAUUUCAAAAACUGACUUUUAUAAACAAACUACAAAUAAUAACGACAAAAUGUAUUUGAGAACAUUGACAGUGCUGAUAACCCUGUGUAUGAUGCAGGAAGUUUUUAUGCAAAUGCGUAUACCCGAAAGAUCGGACACUGCCCAAAGCUAUAACUGUCAGAAUGAUGUAUCUGGAUUUGCCUUCAAUUUGUCUGCCUUGUCUGGCUAUUGGUAUGAGGCUGCUCGAGUGCCCAAUCAGGACGUCUUACAGUGUCUGAAUGUUUCGGUACCUGCUAAUAUUAGUACUGAAAAUGAACUUGAUUUGGAUUUGAAAUAUAUAAGCACUGUGAAUGGUCAGUGGCAAUCUACGGAGGAGAUAGUGAGCUUCCCUUGGAAUACAACUACUCAGAAUGGUGUCUUUGAUCUGAACUAUGAAAGCGAAUUGCUCAGUGUUAAAGUUACUUAUAAAAUGAUAAUAACAGAUUAUAAUCGAUUCGCAUUAAUGUGUGGCUAUGCCACAGUCUCACCCGUUCCGCUCUUUAAGUUGUUUACACGAGAACGUGAACUGGAUCCUCAACUGAAAACACAAAUUCUGGAUCAAAUCGAAAAAUACGCCGGGGAUGUGAGCUCGCAAAUUUUCUGGACAAUGCAAUCGCCCGAUAAAUGUAAUUCUGGCAUACGACAUGGAAUUCCAAAUGGUUUUAUUUUGCUAACAAGUUGGUCAUUAGCGCUUUUUGCCUUGAUGUGGUCGAAAUUGAAAGAAUAAACUACAUAUGUUAAUAGAAUAAUGAAAUUUUAUAAAACACUUUCAUAUUAGUCAAAUUUUUCAAUAGUCAUUGGCUUGUUGUUAUCUAAUUGCAAUAUAUAAUUUUUGCAGCCCACUAAAUUAGUCAAUGAAUGACUCACAAAGAGGUUUCAAUUUUUUUGUUUUCAUUCACCAUUUAAAAAUCAAAUUACCCUCAAUUAGCUAAUUAGAGAUUAAGAACAUGCCAAUCUAGUUUGACAAUCGAUCCAUUAAAUCAGGCGAAAUACUUAAAAUACUACGUACUUAGAUUAAGUGUCAUAGAUGUUAUUAUCAGCAACAAA